AUGUGUGCGGCUGUAGAGUCAUGCCUUCAAGAUUGGAAACGGAAUGCGUCAUGUGCGUAUAGGAACGCUCAAGAACGUCUACCUAGUGACCUUUGGAUAUCAUCGAUCUGUAAGUGCGGCAUGGGAAAGGAUGUUGAGGACUUCCCGGAGGACCCAAAAGUCCAGGGGACUUCAGUUUUUGAUCCAAAAGGAUAUCUCAUAAUAUUCAAUGGUGUUUUAACCUUGACAGUGCGGCAGGCCAAUGAGCGGAAUGUCCAAGGUACUUGUUCUUUGUCAAAUAAAGGCAAAGCUAUACGUACAAGUAUUUUGUAG